AUGAAUUUUGAGUAUUUGAGGAUUUUUCUUCUCUGUGUUGCUAAUAUUGCUGAAAGUCAAUUUAUUUAUCCGGUAGAUCCGAAUCCGCUCGUCAAUCCACUGAGUCUCAAUUGCUUCAAAUGUGACAGCCGAGAUAAUCCUGCAUGUGGAAAUAUUCAGACGACCAGAGAUAAUAUACAAUCGUGUAAUGGAAUACGAAUUGGUUGUUGGAUUUCACUUGAUGUUGAAACUGGAGUUUAUGAACGGGGGUGUAUUCAGCCAGCUUCCGUGAGACAAGGAGUAUUCUGCAAUCGUCAUAUUGACGGCAAAGAAUUUUGUUAUUACGAAGGAGCGUCUAAAAACGGCGAAAUCAAAAAAUGCCACAAAUGCUGUCUGCAUGAUUCGUGUAAUGGUGGAGUUCUCAAGGGAAAACCGGAAGAUUCACUUCAAACUUGCGUUAGAUGUGACGGAAAAAAAGAACCGAAAUGUAAUAUUGACAUUCAGACAUUUGAUGAGAAACUUUCAGAACAAUGCCUUAUGCCAAACUCAGACUGUUGGAAAGCAAAAACUCUUAAGAAAAAUGAAGUAUUCUACACACGAGGUUGUCAAAUAUCGAAAUGCAACAAUCAAAAUGUUGAGGAGCAAUGUACAGUUACGAGAAACAUGACAAUCUGUUCAAAUUGCUGCAUGGGAGCUGGUAAAUGCAACGUUGGAUUGUUGAAAGGAAGUGCAACUCGGGUUGUUGGUUUUGGAACGUGGAUCAUAUUGAUUUUAGUGUUGUUGGAGUGCUUUAUGCAUCAACAGGAUAUGUGGUGAUCACUGGAGUUAGUCAUGGCGCCCUAUUUUUCAAUUUUAUCGCUUGCACUUUUCGUUUUCUGAUCAUUCAAUAACUUCAAGUCAAAAUUGCAAAUUACCACCGCAGUAUGGUUAUGUACAGAGAAUUGCUGGACCGUCGCAGCCCAUACAUAUGAAACGAAUAACUGGGUGACAUUUCAAUAAACGACAUAUAUUGAUAGCCGGACGACAUGCCCUAUAUUGCCAUGUGAUUAAGUCGUCUUAUCGAAUUUCUUCUCACAUUGGAAAAGAAUGAAAACUCUAAUGCAGAGGUGGCCAACCAGUCAGAGACCAAGAGCCGCAUUUCGUACUUUUGAUACUGCGAAGAGCCGCAUUAUAGCAUGAAUACAUAUGAACAUCAAAUAUACUUUUAUUCAGCUUUGCCAGAAUGCUAGUUUAUUGAAAAUAUCGCAAACCAACAUGUUUAUGACAGAAGCUUACAAGCCAUUUAUUGUUAUGCAUGCUACAUAGUGGGACUUCUGGCAUUCCUUGGAUUGAACAAUUCUCUUUAAAUUUGGCUUGUAUGUCGUUGUAGCUAAUCGAAGCAGUUCUUUUACAUGGGUGUCAGUCAGUUCAGAUCAAUGCUUUAACUUUACGUCUUUCAGGGUAGAAAAAACAGAUCUAUGUUGACCAAACAAUGACAAUACCCUAAGCCAAAGCUCUUACCUAGGGCAGUUUUUUUUAUAUUUACAAUAGACGUACUACCGUAUAAUGUCAGUUGUUUGUUAACUGGCGGUACACAACCCAGAGGCGGAGCCAAUAUCCAUGUCGCCUUAAGAUUUCUACGAAUUACCUCACCGGUACUCAAUAUGUGCGUUGCAGUCUCAAAUAAGAUACCGUAUUUUAUACCAUCACCGGCCACACUAUAGUUGUUCCCAACCCUUUUUUGCGUCACGACCACUUUGGAUAAUUACUAAUACAUCGCGAACCCAUGCUGAAUUCAAAUGAUAUUAAGCCUAAAGACGGUUUUUACGAAUAGUACGAACCGCUAUCUUGAACCUAUCCUGCUCACCGGUAUAACUUCAGAAGAAAUUUUAAAGCAGUCACAGCUGCUAAAAUUUCAAGCAACCGCAAACUUAAUUAGACUAAGACUUAUGACAAUGUUACCCAAAUUCUCAGUCUAGCGAGAGAAUUUUGCAUUUUGGUACCUAAUAUUAUUCAGUAUUUAUUAUCACUAUAAUACUUAUUCAUAAACACACAAUAAACUACUUGAACUAAAGUUUUAACAAAUAAUGUAUAUGCAUUGGGACUAGGGAGGAAUAUAGAGUUCCAAAAUGGGCACAAGGAGAAAUUGAACAAAAAAUGGCGGAAACCGUGUCCAAACUGAAACGCGUGUCGCCAACAGAUGUGAUAUUAUGCUGUCAGGAGUAUUCCGAAGUGGUAGACCUUCUUUCGAUUUUAGGUUUAGGUAAACCGAUUUUCGCUUAUAUACAUUUUUAUGUGUUCUACCACUGAUUAAUAUAGAUUUUAAAGGCAAAGUCCAU